AUGCGCUCUAGCAUGGCCACAUCUUACUCGCCCACUUCCAUGGCUGCCCAUGGCGAUGUGGAAGAAUCUGAACGCGAUGAUUCUGUAUCGGAUUGGAAUCCCAACACGGAACUUUCCUCGAGUAUAUGGGAUAAGCGGAGCGAACCACGGCUAAAGAGGAUGAGAUCUGGGAUGCUGAAGACGCAACCAGCAGUUUCGCCCUUCGGUUCAGUCACACCGACACCAGAGGAAGAGCAUCUCGCGCAUACAUGUCUAGAGCUUCUUAAGCAACCCUCUAUCAGUCCCAUCUCGCCUCGCUCCAAUACCGAAGUCAGCUUUGACGAAAUCGGCAAAGAUUCAAAUUUAGACUACGUGCAUACGCACCCAGUCCCAGAGCAAGAGGAGGAGAUACCGGUCCAUGACCCAGCACAUGCUUGCGAUGAUCAAAAACCUCCCAAGGACCUCAACGCAGACAAGGAGAUACCGGCCGAGGAACCAGCACAUGCUGGCGACGCCCAAGAUUCUUUCAAGGACCUCAACGCAGAAGAAAAAGAGAAACAUCUCCAAACCAUCGCCUUCGACGAGCUAGUCGAAGUGCUCCAAGUCUCAAACCCGCAACACACCACUCUGUCCAAACUCGAGCCGUACGCAGACACCCUUUACACGCCCAAGACAUACGAAAGAAUGAGCAUAGCACUAGGCCCUGUCUUUGACCAGGCCUACGAAGCGAUGCAACUAUGGCACGCAAUCCACCGCAAACUAAAAGAAUUCAGAGAGACGACCAAGUAUGAGGGCAAGGCUGGUGCAGACUGGCAGGCUUAUAAGCAGGCGCUGAGAUCGGUUUCUUGGAAGGAGUCCUUGCCGGCUAUGACUGCGCAUCGUCAGCUAGGUCUGUUUGUGGAGGAGAUGAAGAAGCGCGGAGAGUGGUUUGCGUCUAGUGAGGGUUUUGCGGACGAUUUAGCGAGGUUCUAUGCUGCGUUGCUGCUGCCGCCGAAUAUAUCUGCGGAGGAUCUUGUUGGGGGGUUUGAGGAGUAUAAUGUUGAGUUGCUCAAGUGGUUCGAGGCUGGGGGAUGA